AUGAUAAAUUUGCCGAAAACUGAACUUACCGAAGUACAUGGAAAGCAAUUUAUUAUUGCUGUCUAUAUUGCAUUAGAAUAUAUCCGUGGAAAAGAAGAACCAUUUCAUCAUCUUGAGAAAGAUUCGCCCUCAUUCCUUUCAACACAAUCUGCUUCAGGAUUGUAUCUUUUUAUGUUAAUAUCAGUGGAGGAGGAAACAUUGAAAUUGAGAACUGGGUCAACAAGACAAUACUUACAGGCGGUUUGUUGUGAAAAGUGA